GUGCUCUGCGGCCGCUGCUGGCCGACCCCGGGCCGCUCUAUCGGCGCGGGCUCGCCCCCCCAGCCGCUGCGGAGCAGCGGCUCCUUGCCGGGCACCGCCGUGCCCUCCAGUCAGAGUCACAUUACCUCGGCGCGUGCCCGCGCCCAAGGUGGCAGCGCGGUGAUGCGGCCGGCCCCGCCAACCUCCAGCGGCGCCUCCGUUGCCCCAGCCGUGGUGGUGCGACAGGCGCAGUCGGUGCCGCUGGCCUCCAACGGCGCUGCGGUUGCUCCUGCCGUGGUGCUGCGACCAGGUCAGCAAACCCCGCUCGCCUCCAACUGCGCUGCGGUCGCCCCGCCCACGAGCAGCCUCACAGGCGGCGCCGUGAGAGUGCAGGCGGCGGAGCCGGCGCAGCUCGCCUCCACGGGCGGAAUGGUGAGCGCGGGCAUCCCCGUGUCGUACCAGCCAG